GAACCAGCGCCGUUAGAUAUCUUCCUUCCUGAAACCCUACAAAACCCUAGCUCCUUUCUUCACUUGUGCCUGAGUACAGACUUCAGAAAAGACCAGCCGCGGCGACAUAACCUAGCAACCGACGCCGUAAGCUCAUUUCAUCUUCUUUUCCGUCUUUAGCCUCAGUAAUAGAAAUGGCUGAUAAGGGAGGAGUAAUUGUUCCUGAGUCUGUUCUAAAGAAACAGAAGAGGAAUGAGGAAUGGGCUUUGGCCAAGAAGCAGGAGCUUGCUGUCCUCAAGGAGAAAAAUGCUGCAAACAGGAAGCUGAUUUUCAACAGAGCCCAACAAUAUGCCAAGGAAUACGCAGAACAGGAGAAGGAGCUGAUUCAACUCAAGCGUGAGGCGAGGCUGAAGGGAGGGUUUUAUGUGAAUCCGGAGGCUAAGUUGCUUUUCAUCAUUCGCAUUCGUGGUAUUAAUGCCAUGCACCCGAGGACUAAGAAGAUCUUGCAGCUGUUGCGCCUUCGUCAGAUUUUCAACGGCGUGUUCUUAAAAGUUAACAAGGCAACAGUGAAUAUGCUGCACAGGGUUGAGCCCUACGUGACCUAUGGGUACCCCAACUUGAAGAGUGUGAAGGAAUUGAUCUACAAGAGAGGCUAUGGCAAGGUCAACAAGCAGCGGAUUGCUCUUACCGAUAACUCAAUCAUUGAACAGACACUUGGCAAACAUGGAAUCAUCUGCGUGGAGGAUCUUAUUCACGAGAUCUUGACUGUGGGGCCGCAUUUUAAGGAGGCGAACAACUUCCUUUGGCCCUUCCAACUGAAGGCUCCUUUGGGUGGUCUGAAGAAGAAGAGAAAUCACUAUGUCGAAGGAGGAGAUGCUGGAAAUCGUGAAGACUACAUAAACGAGCUCAUCAGGAGGAUGAAUUAGAUCUUUGUCUCUACCUUAAUAAUUUUGGUGAAGUUGAGAUCUCUGUCUGCUUAGAACUUGGAAGAUUAUAUGGGAUCUUUUAUUGGUGUUGUUUCUUUUGCGUUUCCUAGAGUUGGGUUUCUUGUUUUUUGGUUUGGCGUCUUGCUUGUUGAGAAAACGUUUGUGAUUCAAGAUUUAUAUCUCAUUUGUGUUUCAAGAUUUGAUACAUGUUUUAUUUUAUUUUAUUUAAAUGUUAGGGAUGAGUUUUGAGAAUGUGUAUGAAAUUUUUAUAUAUUGAUACGAGAUGAAAAAAUGUUAGAAAAGUC